UAAUUAUUUGUGAGUUGGAUGAUGAAUUGGGAAGCAACAUCAGACGGCGGAAGACGAGAAUGUCUCCGAAGCUACCUUCGCAUCUGUUCCCAUGGCUCAUCUUACUAACAUUCGCAUCCCUCUGUUUCUUCUAUUCAUUCCUCUCUCUCAACACAUUCUCUUCUUCUUCUUCUUCUUCUUCUUCCCCAACCUCUUAUUACAACUGCAAUCUCUUCCGAGGCCAGUGGGUGUUGGAUCCCGACCGCACCCCUCUCUACGACCAGACAUGCCCCUUCCACCGAAACGCAUGGAACUGCCUCCGAAACGACAGGCAAAACAUGAGCUUCAUCAACUCCUGGAAGUGGGUCCCCCACAACUGCCACUUGCCUCGGAUCGACCCUUUUCGCUUUCUGCCUCUCGUGAGGAACAGGAACAUUGCCUUUGUUGGGGACUCCCUCAACGAGAAUUUCUUGGUUUCUUUUCUCUGCAUUCUCAGGGUCGCUGAUCACGGCGCCAAAAGGUGGAAAAAGAAGGGUGCUUGGAGAGGUGCCUAUUUUCCCAACUUCAAUGUCACCGUCGCUUAUCACCGUGCCGUUUUGCUCUCUAAAUACCAGUGGCAGCCAAAACAAUCUGAAGCUGGAAUACAAGAUGGAUCAGAAGGCUUUUAUCGAGUUGAUGUUGAUGUUCCUGCAGAUGAGUGGGCUAAAAUUGCUGGAUUCUAUGAUGUUCUGGUGUUUAAUACUGGUCACUGGUGGAAUAAUGACAAAUUUCCAAAAGAGAAACCUCUUGUCUUUUAUAAAGCAGGACAGCCAAUAAUUCCUCCUCUUGGGGUGUUGGAUGGACUUAAAGUUGUUCUUACUCACAUGAUCACAUACAUUCAAAAAGAAUUUCCUGGAAAAACACUUAAAUUCUGGCGAUUACAAUCCCCAAGGCACUUUUAUGGUGGUGACUGGAAUCAGAAUGGUAGCUGCUUGUUCAACACGCCCCUUGAGGAGAAUGAGCUUGACUUAUGGUUUGAACCCAGGAACAACGGAGUCAACAAGGAAGCAAGGCGGUUGAACUUUGUGAUCGAAGAGGCAUUACAAAGAACAGACAUUCAAGUUCUUGACUUAUCUCAUUUAAGUGAGUUUAGGGCCGACGCUCAUCCGGCCAUUUGGUUAGGAAGGAAGGAUGCAGUUGCAAUUUGGGGUCAGGACUGCAUGCAUUGGUGUUUGCCUGGUGUUCCUGACACAUGGGUUGAUAUAUUGUCACAACUGAUCCAUGAUGGAUUUGGAGGAACUGGUAAGCUAUAGAAACUGAAGAAGCUAUCAUAUUCAAUCUUGCAUACCAUGAACUGAAAACUUCCACCAAGAUGUUGGGGGGCAUGCUGCCAAGUUCUGAACCAAGAUAUGAAAAUCUUGAGUUGUGCUUGAAAAGUUCGAGGCUGAUCGUGGUUGGAAGAAAAGCUUUGGUGGUGGUCUGGAGGAAGGGACUGAUUGGUGGAGCAUAAGCUAUACUGGAAGCGGCUCCAUUCUAAAUACUAUUCAUCGUAGGGCCUCAACUUGUCAAAUACUAGCAUUUAAUCCUUACAUUCAUAUUGUUAUUGUUGUUGUUGGUACAGAAUCUUCUAUUCAAAAUUUUAGUAUCUAGCAAGUGCAUUAUAUAUUUACACCAGACUAACUAGUUUGUGAGGGAAAUUUUAAUACGCAAUGA